AUGAUGAUAGAUAGUCAAUCUACAGCGAUAGUAGUAGGACUCCCGUCGAUCAGUUAUGAACCUGAAGUUGAGGAAGAGGAAGCUUUUGUAACACCCGUGGCCCGCCACGAACCAUACCCCACUAGAAGACCGGUAGGUCGCCGCUCCAAAAGGUUGGAGGAUAAAAUAGAAGAGCAAUACAGGUCUAUCCUGCCCAGGCCAGAAGCCUCAGUUGAACUACCUGUAAACGUGGACCCAUUAGUAGCACAACCUGCAAUUGUGAAUCCACCACUACCAGUACCAGAAGCCCCAAUAAUUGAAUCAAAGGAUGAAAUCCUUUUACUAGGAAUGGACUGGUUUAAGCGAACACGUGCCCGUUUGCACGUUGAUGAAACCACCGAAAAUGAGGAACAUGGGACGUUUGACGAAUUCGAGUACAAAGACGAAAUGUUGAAUGAAGCUGAAGGAUAUUUCACCAGUGAAGUAUCGGAUAAUGAACUUUUUGAUAACCCAUGGAAGGAUCACCAUAGUCCUGCAGUAUACUUGUCACACAUGGAAGAAAUACCGACCAACGAACCUGACCUUGAUGAUGAGUCCUUAGAAGUGAGGUUGAAAAAAGCGCCCUAUUUGCAAUUUUUGGGUCACAUCGUUGGUCGAGAGGGCAUUCGCCCUGAUGAAGGUAAAGUUGAAAAAGUCCAGAAUUUCACUGUACCACAGUCCCUUCGUGAGUUGCGAGUUCGCCGCAAUUGCUCGCCCUCUUCACUUCUUGUUGCGCAAGAACAUCAA